GUGUGGAGAUAAAUGUAAGAAUAUGGAGUAAAAUCUAAAUGGAGCAUACCUGAACUCAGCCCAACACAAUUCAUUUGCUUUGUGUUAAUGCAAAUUUGAAUCAGUCAUCCCCAUCGCAAGUUUGAAUUCACCAUCUUCCCUCUCUAAAACAACCAAGCUAUACUGUUUCUACCCUUCGAAUUGACCCCAUCAAGUGUUUGUAAAAAUGCCAAACAGAAACCCCACCGUCGCUUACUCACCAUCCUCACCUCGAAGAUCACCGAGGCUCAUUCUCCUCCACAACAACACCAACCCCACCACCCCAAAACCUAAAUCCACCAAAAAAUCUUCUACCCUGUCAAGAACCCCCGCCGCUAGGGUAAGGAAAACACCCAGAUCGAAGGAUGAAGUUCCUCUUAGACGAUCCGCUAGAUUCUCUAAUCAUAAAGCUCACCUGAAUGAGGACGUUCAACUUAGUGAAUUUCGUUCUGGUGAUUCGACGAAAGUGAAGCAAGGAAAAACGAAGGAAAGUAGUGGCGAUGAGAGAAUUGGGGCUGAAGUUGAUGGAAAAGGAAAGAGAAAGCUCAGUGGCGAUGAAAUAGUGGAAGAGAGUAGGAAGGAACAAGUUGAAAGUGGAGUGAGAGGGAAAAGAAAGCAAGAUGGUGGUGAAGUUGCUGAAGGGUGGACUAAGGAGCAAGAAUUGGCACUGCGAACAGCUUACUUUACUGCAAAACCUAGUCCCAAUUUCUGGAAGAAAGUAUCCAAACUGGUACCUGGGAAGUCUAAACAAGAUUGUUUCGAUAGAGUUCACCGUGACUUCCAAACACCACCUCCAUGUCAGCCUAGAUCACGGGCGAAGACAAUUAACUCUUCUCCUCUUCAUCAAUUCUCAAUAUCUGCAAGUAAACUUCUCAAACCUACUGAAAAGAAGGUUUCUAAAUCAAAUGUUCUCAAACCAAAAAGCAUUGUUAACCAGAAGUCUAUUGAGAAUAUGUUACAGCGCCAUCUUAAAGUGGAUCAAGUCCAUAAAGGAGACAUAUUUUCUGCUCUUGAACCAAACAUUGAUUUUUCUACUAAUGAUUUUCAGCUUAGUCAAGCAGUUUGUACUCCAAAGCAGCAAAAGGAAAAUCAAGGGUUUCUUCAAAAUUUCACUGAUAGAUCAUCAUCAAUUUCAAGUCACAAGAAGUCUCUUUCUAGAUUUAGUGGCUCAUCAGGUGUUCAAGAUCUUGCUAGUCCACCUGUGCUAAAGAAAGUAAAAAACAAGGUACAACAUGAAAAAUACGUCAAUCAAUUAAGAUUUAGGGAACUUAAGAGAAGAGCAGCGUCUACACGGACAAAAAAUUCCGUUGUUGGAGAAGGAAACCACAUUCAGAAAAAGGAUGUUGUUAAAGCAGCACAAGAUGCAUUGGUUUCUGAAGCUAGAGAUGCUAUCAACAAGUUUCAACAAUCGCAAGUCAAUAUCAGGGACAACACUUGUAGUUCUGACGAGGACAAUGAUGAUGACAUUGGAGUUGAUUGUGAUAGUCAAUAGGUUUUCUCGAGCUAAUUGACUAAAAUUAGUUAAACAAUUGCAUGUAUAGUUGUUUCAUUUGAAGUUUUAGACAAUGUAUCUUGGUCAUAAUCUAGUUUUCCUAGCUCAAAACUUCCUUUGUAAUAUGGCAACCAUAAUUCUUCUAGAUGUAUACAUUUAGAUUAGGAUUUAAAGCAACAAGGAUUGUCUUGUAUUCGUCUAGGUACUAUUUGCUCACUUAGUUGAUAAAAAGGAGCAAUGCGCUUUUAUUUGCUCUGCUAAUUUCCCCUUCUAGAUUUUAGCCCUUUAUUUUUCUCAUUGACCAUUUUGGUGAUGCAAAAUUGAGAUAUGUUAAAUACUAUGAAAUUUUUUUCUGUACUUAAUAUAACUUUGGUGUUUCGUCAUCGUUUAUCCCUUUAAAUGAUGUGAAUUGUUAAUUGUAUUUGUCACAAAGGAGGUGAAGAUAGAGGAGAAAGUGAUAACUUUGAGGAUUUAUGAUGUGACAGCUAUUGGUGAUAGGGAAAGUGUGGGAGAAGUUGAUGAAUGCUAGAGUUGUUUAGUUGGGGGAAGCUGAACAGGUUCCGGGUCGAGAUGAUAAGGAAUUGGAGCUUGAGAUUGUCAAGAAUUUACAUAAUCGCUGAGUUGAGAUUGAUAAGCAUUUAAUUUUGGCUAUUGAAGUGUAUCCCUAUAAUCUUCAGGAACCACUCAAUCGGUAUAUGGAUAAAAAGUAUGCAUUUUAAUUUUACUUUUCCGUUUUUUUUC